AUGUCUGGAUUGACCACCGUUACGUCUCCCAAUGCCGCUCCUGCUGCCGGCCCUUACAGCCACGCCAUCAAGGCCGCCGGUCAGAUCUGGGUCGCGGGCCAGAUCCCCGCCGACAGCAAGGGGAACUUGGUGACGGGCUCUAUUGCCGAGAAGACCGAGCAGUGCUGCAAGAAUCUCAAGGCUAUCUUGGAGACGGCUGGAAGUGAUAUUAGCAAGGUUGUCAAGACUACUGUCUUCCUCUCCGACAUGCAGCAUUUUGCCGAGAUGAACGGCGAGUACGAGAAAUGGUUCACCCACAAGCCGGCAAGAAGCUGUGUCGCGGUCAAGCAGCUGCCGAAAAAUGUCGAUGUUGAGAUCGAGGCCGUUGCUCUUCAGUGAAACCGUCGUCUCGUCGGC